GACACAUAUUUGUUUUUGCUUUACCAGGACUUUAAGUUUAUGAUGUUCAUAUAAAAGAUGAAGUAGGAGAAAUGUUCGAGGACUAGCAAAGUAUUACAUCUGGUGAGGCUGUUAAACAUUUAUGAUAACUGUGUGAGUGGUUUUAUCCCAGACAUUUUGUCAUCAUGGUGCUGUGUGUCUUGUAAAGACAAACACCCCGUAGAGUCGAUAGUCGCGUUACUUUUUGGAGCAACUUGCUGCUUAAAUUUGCAUAUGAAUGAGGAAAUCUCCUUAAUCCUUAAUGUGGUAUGUGAAGAAGUACGUUGUUAUAUAAAUAGUUUCUAAUGAAUUCAUUCAUUAGCUUAAUUAGUGAACUCAUUAGCAUAGCAGGUUAUGUUUAAUAUAUCAUUUGUGAUUAUGAUGGGAGCAACUCCUCCAGUGGCUCGUCUCACAGUUUGGUGGAUACUCAGGUUGCACUAUACAGGUUUGUUAUAACUCUGCCUUUCCUGAGCCAUCAAUGUGUGUCUGACCCAGUCGUGGCUAAUAUUAGCCAUGGAGAAUCAUAGGUCUGAAUAGUGUUAAUUGUCUAUGUAUGUUGUGUAAUGUCUGAUAAAGAGCUCUACUGCUACAACUUGUAAGUAGAUUCAGCAUUAGAGCAUGUACUGGGUGUGUAGCCUGUGAAUGGUGACGCGUGGCUCGUCAAUGCUACUGAUCAGUUCCCCGGGGGGCGCUGAGCGGCUCGAUGGGGCUGAAGGUCGCUGUGUCCUCUGGGAUGGAGGAGUAUAAAUGCUGGAGCCUCUGGCCUCUGUUUCCUGCUGCUUGCUGGAGAGGGCAUGAAGAGCAGUGUACGCAGAGGCAAGAGGAAGAGGCUUUACGCGCUGGUAAAAGGUACCACAGGUAAGGCACCGCAGGAGAGGAGAUUGCAGAGUGCACUGUAGCCCCAGUUGCAAUGGAGGACAGUGACCAUGAGGUUCACUCUUCAUCAGAGGAGCAGGACUCCUGCCCUGCCUCCCCUAAUCACAACAGGGACCAUGAUGUUGAACAGCAUUCAAGCCAUUCAGAUGACUCCGAGGUGGAGAACAUAAUGCAAGACCCUCACCACCAAGGAGGGCACGGCGACCAUGACCACGAGCACCACCACCACCACCACCAUCAUGGCCAUGAGCCUCAUGAUGCAGACAGGGAAGCUGAGGGCGAAGACCGCCCCCACACCCCGUCGUAUUUGCGUCCCCCCGUGGCGGGCAGGGCGCAGUCGGAUUCGUGUUCAGAGCCCAGUUUACCGCAGAGCAGAAGUGUGGAGUUUGACUUGUCGUCAGUCCCCAUCAGUCCCACCAGGCCCAAGAGUCCCUGGGGUCGAUUUGACCCGUACGGCAAUAAUGAGGUAACAUGAGGAGGAGAAACCCAGGGAGGAUGAACGAGAUCUGUGUGGUUCAGUUCUGCUAAAGGCGAUGUGGUUGUUGUGUGCUGUAAUGUAUUGAACGAUACAAAGACAGUUCAUAGGAUGUGACUGAGCGUGUGCCUAAAACCAACAUGCUGCUCUAUGUGGUUAAAAGGUUGAUUUGUGCUCAUUUUUUUCUGGUGGAUCAGGGUGUGAUUGGAGCUCUGAGAUGGUAGCGAUGCUUUUCACGUUUGUCGUUUAUUUAAGUGUCAAACUUUUUGUGGGAAAGUUAACUUACUGUGAAUGGGACAAGCACAUUUUGGUUGAUGACCGAGCUGAAUAAUUACUUUUACACAAUUAUAUAUAUGGUAAUGUGUGCUUCCCUGAUGUAUCAUUUCAUCUU